AAGCUGCUACUAUCUAGCUAGCUACCAAAUUGAAACUUUAGCCAAAAAGUACAGUAUGGAAAGUCAACAAAAGCAAGCUGAGCCAAUUCAACUUGAGUGCCAAGACAAUUCUCAUGUAGUCUUUGAUGUACCACAUCAAAGACGAUCCGCCAAUUACAAACCGAGCAUUUGGAAAUAUGAUUUCCUAAAGUCACUUAACAGCACAUAUGAUAAAAACGAAUACAGAAAGGAGGCUGAGAAGCUUAUUCAAGACGUGAAAGACAUAUUUAUUGAAACGGAGGACUUGCAAGCCAUGUUAAAGCUAAUUGACAGCAUUAGAAAACUAGGCCUGACGAAUCAUUUUGAAGAGGACGUCAAGAAAAGUCUCGACACAAUAGCAUCUACCCAUAAGAGCAACACAUAUUCUUUCAUUCAAAAGAAUGAUCUCUAUCUUACUUCAUUAUGUUUCAGGGUCCUUAGGCAGCAAGGAUAUCAAGUUUCACAAGACAUAUUUUGUGGUCUCAUGGACGGGAAAGGUGUGAUAGAGAAAAGUUUACAUAUUGAAGAUAUCAGAGUGAUGCUGGAGCUUUUAGAGGCCUCACAUGUAGCUUUAGAAAGUGAAAAUAUCCUGCAUGAGGCUAAAGCUUUCAUAACAGAAACCCUCAGAAAUUCCAUUUCUAGUGUUAGUCAAGAAAACAUGAAUGAUGACCUUUCCAAAGAUGUGGUCCAUGCUUUGAAGAUUCCGUCACACUGGAGGGUUCAGUGGUUCGACGUCAAAUGGCAAAUGGAGGCCUACGAGAGAGACAAUCACAGGCAUAUCUGUUUACUUGACUUGGCCAAGCUAAACUUCAACACGGUUCAAGCCACACUUCAGAAGGAUCUUAGAGAAUUAUCUUGUUGGUGGAAGAAUCUGGGCCUCACAGAGAAGUUGAACUUUGCAAGAGACAGGCUGGUUGAAAGUUUCAUGUGCGCUGUGGGACUUGCUUUCCAACCUCAAUACAAAUGUUUAAGAAAAUGCCUUACUAAGGUCGUCAAUUUCAUAUUGAUAAUCGAUGAUGUUUAUGAUCUUUAUGGCUCACUGGAAGAGCUUAAGCACUUCACCAAUGCCGUCGAUAGGUGGGAUGUCGAGGAAACUGAGGAACUUCCAGAUUGUAUGAAGAUUUGUUUCCAAGCACUUUAUAAAACCACUUAUGAAAUUGCUAAUGAUAUUGAGGCUGAGAACGGUUGCAAACAAGUUUUACCCCAUCUGCGGAAAGUGUGGGCAGAUUUUUGUAAAGCAUUGUUGGUAGAGGCAGAAUGGGAUCAGAAGGGCCACAUGCCAUCCUUUCAGGAGUACUUGAGCAAUGCAUGGAUUUCAUCGUCAGGCCCUCUUCUUCUUCUUCAUUCAUUUUUCUCUAUAACUACACAUGAAGUUGCCGAAGACAUGUCGGGUUUUCUUGAGAAAAACCAAGAUCUUGUGUACAACAUAUCUCUCAUAGUUCGGCUAUGCAACGAUAUAGGCACUUCAGCGGCUGAACAAGAGAGAGGCGAUGCACCUUCAUCAAUACUAUGUUAUAUGGAAGAGAUGAGCGUCAGUGAGGACAUAGCUCGGAAGCAUAUUCGAGGCAUGAUUGCCAAAACAUGGCAGCAGAUUAACAAGAAAUGCUUGACUGGCCAAGUGCCCACUACUCUAUCUUCCUUUGUCAACAUUGCGCUAAACACUGCGCGCGUGGCCCAUAGCCUGUACCAAUCUGGAGAUGCCUUUGGCCUUCAAGUAACCGAUAAUCGGACUCAAAUUCUGUCUUUACUCAUGGAGCCUCUCACAAUACGAACCAAUUAAGGAGACGCUUGGUU